CUAUUCGCGAGCCUAAAAACCCCCCACCCCUCUGAAACCGGGCCCCAUCAUCUCGCCUCCUCCUCCUCCUCUUCCUCUCUCUCCCCGCUAUCGCUCGUCCAAUCACACGAGAGAAGGAGAGAGGGAGAGAUCAAGCAAUUCUUAUUAGACAGAGAAAACGCCCGAAUAUUUGCUCCUCUUUAAAACCCUAAAAAACCCUUUUUUGCACCAAUUUCCCCCUAAAUCGAUUGCGGGCAGACCCAAACCCUAAACUCUACGGCGAUACACGAUGGGCCUCUGCAGUCAUUGUGAUGAGGAUUUUCCUACGGUCCGCGACCCCGACGGUUACAUUUGCUGUACUCAGUGUGGAAGGGUCAUCGAUCAGGAGAUGUACACUGAUGAGCCCACUUUCAUAAAAGAUGGAAACGGCCAGCAUUUUCCCCCCAUCACAGUCGAGGUUCGCAGGGAGCAGGAUGAGAAGUUUUGAUAAUGCUUACAGUAUUUCUCGUGAGAGAACAUUACAGAGAGGGAGACAGGAGAUUGAGAACAUUGUGAGCGUGCUGCAGAUUAGCGGUGGAGGUGGCACAGUUGGUGAAGCUCUGCGAUUCUAUGAAAUUGCAGUGGAUAGGAAUUUCACUAAAGGUCGGAGGACAUCUCAAGUUGCAGCUGCGUGCCUCUACAUUCAUUGCCGGGAUAAGAAGAAGCCAUAUCUUCUCAUCGACUUCUCUGUACACUUAAUGAUAAGCGUUUAUGUGCUAGGUGCUGUUUUUUUGCAGCUCUGUGAAACACUUAGGCUUGCAGAUCAUCCAAUUGUUCAAGGAAUUGUAGAUCCCAGUCUUUUCAUUCAUCGCUUUGUGGAUAGUUUAGUGUGCCAAGGAAGUAAGAAAGAUGUUGUUCGAACUGCACUGCAAAUUGUAGCUAGCAUGAAGCGAGACUGGAUACAGACAGGGAGAAAACCUAGUGGCUUAUGUGGCGCAGCAAUAUACAUAUCUGCUCUUUCUCAUGGUCUCAAUUGCACCAAAUCAGAUGUUGUAACUGUUGUACGUGUCUGCGAAGCAACAUUGACAAAACGAUUGAUUGAGUUUGAAAAUACAGAGUCUGGUGGCUUGACUAUUGAAGAGUUUGAAAGGAGAGCAUGCGAAUUUAAUGAGGAGUCUGUACAAAGCCAAUUGCCUAGACCUGGACAGGUUCUGUGUAAACAUAAGGAUGAAGGGGUGCCUCAUUUUGCUCAUGGACUCUGCAAAAAAUGUUUUGAAGAAUUCAACGAAAUAUCAGGAGGACUAGAGGGAGGUGCUGAGCCUCCAGCUUUUCAGCGUGCUGAAAGAGAGAGAAUGAAAAGAGCAAAAGAACAGGAAAAGAUGAGAGGAUCAACUGUUGAGGAGAUGGAAUCUGGAGUUUCCAAAUUUGUUUCGGAUUCAACAAGAUAUGAAUCACUGGGUUCUUGCGAACAUGAAAAUACCGGAGAUCAGGCUGUAGAUAUAUCUGCAUGGAAUGAACCAGAGGAAUUAACUGAUCAUGAUCCGGAGAGCCUAUCUGAUAUUGAUGAUGUUGAGGUUAAUGGAUAUCUUCACAAUGAGGAGGAGAAGCGUUUGAAAACAAUAAUAUGGGAAGAAAUGAAUAAAGAGUAUCUUGAGGAACAAGCAGCCAAGGAAGCCGCUGAGGAGUAUCGGAAAGCCCAUCUUGGAAAUUUAUCUGAAGCUAAUCCUAUAAAAAAGAAAAGGAAGCAAAGGCCUGCUGGAGAAGAAAAGAAAACUCCUGCUGACAGUGCUUUGAAAGCAACUAAACAGAUGUUAGAGAGUAAGACAUUCAGUUCAAGAGUAAACUAUGAAGCAUUGGAGAGCUUAUACACUAUGGAUGGAGAGAAGGAGAAGAAAAUAGAGAGCAAGUUUGAAACUGGUAAUGCCAAUGGUGAAACUGAUGCCUUUUCUGAGUAUGCCGAUAUAUCUGAUGUGGAUGAUGGAAAUGAGACUGGAAAUUUUGAAGAUGGAGGUUAUGAACAAGUCAGUUAUGUUCCUGAAUAUGAUCAUUUUGGUGAAGAAGAUGGAAGCUAUGGGUAUGAUUUGGAUUUUGUGGAAGUAUGAUCUCUUUCUUCGUCAAGCCAUUUCAAGGUUGCCUCCUUAUGAUCUAUUUGUUUGCAGUUAUCUAUAGAUUUGAAUUGGCACUUCCCCGUUGUAACUUAAGUCUCUUUAUCAAUGAAGCCAGACAUUGAUAAAGGAUACAAGAGUACCUGAUUUAUUAUUUGAGCUCGUAUGUACACUGCUCUUUUUCUUGUUUCUUGCCCUCUGGGUCUAGUUGGAAAAUUUUGAUCCAACAUCGUCAUAAUGUUAUUGUCUCAGUUUUUGUAAUUCAUUUUCCUUAAUAAUUAUGUGAUUUUAGCGCUAGUAGAAACAAGGGGAGACUACCUUGUAAAUUCAAAAUUUAGAUCUUAUUGUUUUAAAUAACAAAUAUCUGGAUUUUAUAGAGCAAA